AAGGGAACGCGCAGGAGAAGAGGAAGGCGGAGAGGGCGUUUCAUUCGAACCUUUUCAGAACGGGGGGCGUCCAUCUCCGAGAGAAAGAAGAGAGAGAGAGAGAGAGAGAGAGGAGAGGGUGGUCUCUGGCCUUUGCCUUCUGCGGGCGGGGGUGUUCAUGCACGAAGUUCUUGAGUCUUUUAGGUUGACGUGGUGACUUGGUUAACCCCGCGCUUCCCUUUCCUCUCUUCGAAUUCGAGGAUCAUCUUCCAAAUUGUUGUGGUCCUGUGGAAGGUUCUCGUUGAGGCUUUAAUCUUGGAUCUUGGGUUACGAUUCUCUGGCUUUUCACGGCAAUUUAUUGGGUUGUACUACAUAUCAGGUUGUUUCCUUGCCUGUUGGAAGUUUGUUUAAAUUUAAGGAAGAUAUGGAGAAAGAGCUUUUUGGGUCAAACUGCUUACAGAAUAGGCUUUUAUCGUUCCACAAGGUUCUUGAUUUGUGGUUUCUCAUCCUUGGCGGAUUUCUUCUACUUGCUUUCGUUAAUUGCACUUAACAGCCAUCGGGCAAUUCCAAGAACACAAAGAGGACCUGAUGCAACUUUGUUCUGAAGUUGGUGUUGCUUAUAUUCCCUUUUAUAGGGCUAAAACUUGUGAAUUAGCAAAUGAGGGUCUUUCUGUUUCUUUUUACCUUUGGAAAAUAAUGAAGCUGAAUGCUGCUGCUCUCUCAGCACUUAAUUACAUAUGAUUUUUGGCAGGAGGUGAUUGAUUGUGCUGGAGUUCACAUUUGAGCAACUUUCAUUGUGAUACAGGAUUGUACCUUAUUGCUGACUUCACUUUAAGGUUCAAUAGUCCUUGAUUAGGUUUGAGCAAUUCUCUUCCAGGUGAAGUUGUCUCAUCUUUAUUAGCAGUGAGGCCAUGUACAAGAUGCCGUACUGCACUGAACAUGUUGAUGUAUUUUGUAGUGAUCUGUGUCCUGGGCAAUUCUUGUGGGGGCCUUUCACACUGAAUGAGGCUCCUAAUCUUGUCAGGAAAAAUAUGGACUUCCAUAGAUCUCCUGUUGCAAAUCAUAUUUGAUAAGGUGCCUUUGUUGGCCUUGUUACAUUUCCUCUUUGUUGAAGAAGGAAGUUCUUUUUCGAACUUCUAGAAUAAGUUUCAGCAGUUGUAAAGACAUUAUUUAGCGUAGAGCAAAACUUAUUGAAUAAGAUUGAGGCGGACAUCUACAAGCCUGCAUCUGUAACACUUGAUACUGACCAGGAUGGACAAGUACACACUUAUCAAGGAAGUAGGGGAUGGAACUUUUGGAACUGUCUGGAGGGCUAUUCAUCGUCAAACAGGCGAACUUGUGGCGGUGAAGAAGAUGAAAAGAAAAUAUUACUCCUGGGAGGAAUGCAUGAAUCUUAGAGAAGUUAAGUCCCUGAGAAAGAUGAAUCAUCCUAAUAUUGUGAAGCUUAAGGAGGUGAUCAGAGAGAAUGCUAUCCUGUAUUUUGUGUUUGAAUACAUGGAGUGUAACCUGUAUCAGUUCAUGCAAGACAGAGCUAAGCUGUUUUCAGAGACUGAAGUACGGACUUGGUGCUUCCAAGUAUUCCAGGCUCUUGCCUACAUGCAUCAACAUGGGUACUUUCACCGAGACCUCAAGCCAGAGAAUCUUUUGGUUACAAAAGAUACAAUCAAGAUUGCUGACUUUGGUCUUGCACGUGAAGUUCUCUCCCAGCCACCUUAUACCGAAUAUGUUUCAACUCGAUGGUAUAGAGCCCCAGAAGUUCUUCUCCAAUCACCUGUAUAUGACUCUGCAGUCGAUAUGUGGGCAAUGGGAGCAAUUAUGGCAGAGUUGUUUACCCUUAGUCCUCUCUUUCCUGGUUCAAGUGAAGCAGAUCAAAUAUAUAAAAUAUGCAGUGUGAUAGGUACUCCUAAUCAGAGAACCUGGGCUGAUGGGUUGCACUUGGCCAAUUCAAUGAACUAUGAAUUUCCACAGUUUGUCGCUGCUGAUCUUGCAACGCUGAUUCCCUCAGUGAGCAAGGAUGCUAUUAAUUUGAUAUCUUUGCUUUGUUCAUGGAACCCAAGAAAGAGACCAACAGCAGCAGAGGUCCUUCAGCAUUCCUUUUUUCAGUCAUGCUUCUACAUUCCUCCUUCACUUCGAGCAAAGGCACUGACACCGAAACAGCCUCCAGUUGGGAUGAGAGGUUCCUUGGAGCACAAGAGUUUUGCAAGGGUUGUUGAGAAUCUGCCUAACGCGAAGCCUGUGACCAACUUUUCUACUUCAAGGAUAUGCGGCUCAUUGAAUGCUGGUCCUCUAGGUGUGCAGAGAAGGGCAGAGUUCGAUGACCAGGAUAAUAAAGUUGAGAAAGCCAAUAAAUCUGCACCAAGACAGCCAAGAUACCGGCCACCAAUGAGAAAUAGCCCUUCCAAAGUUGCAGCCUACGUUAGCCUGCAUGAAAGUGCGAGAGGUGUUUCUGAUGCAGUGUCCAACGGGCUAAACAGGCCAAGCCAAUUGGCGUUUGCCUCUGAUGGACAUCAGAGAAGCUUAAUCAGGCCUGCGUUGAAGGCUGGAGGAUGGCACAGCCGGCCCGAUUUGUUCGGACAGUCUCAAGGAAUGCCUGCGCAUGUUGGUAGGACCUAUCCCAGGAAGGUUGCAGGUUGAUGAUACAAUGAGACCGAUGUCGUUUCGAUGGCCAGAAGUGAGCCCUUCAUUGGACGACUCGUGUAUGCGUAGUUAUAUUGUGUGCUGCCGCUCUCAGAGAGGCUAACUCAUUUCUCGUGCUGAAGUUUGUUUUGCCUUUUGGCAAUAAGCGUUGUUGGACGGUUGAUCUGUUUUGGUUUUUUCUGUUUUUGGCGUUGCAGAAGUUUGUUCUGAGGAUGAUGAGGCCAGUGGAUGUAUGUUUAAGCUUGUAGGGUUGGCUUGGAUUUCUUUCUCCCGAAUGGUUGUGGGUUGGACCUUUUAGAGAAAUUGAAAACUGGCAAAAUGAAUAUUUUA